AUGAAGCAAGAGGGUGAAAAACAGAAACUUCAGCUGGUUGAGCUAGAAGAAUUAAGGCAGGAUGCCUAUGAAAAUGCCAGGCUGUACAAGGAAAGGACUAAGGCGUAUCAUGACAAGCAACUUUUCAGAAAAGAAUUUCAUGUAGGACAAAAAGUAUUGUUGUACAAUUCAAGGUUUAGACUUUUUCCUAGUAAGCUCAUGUCUCAGUCGUAUGGCCCAUACACUAUCACUAGAGUGUUUCCUCAUGGAGCAUUGGAGGUUCAUAACCCAAAAGAAAAUCAAACAUUCAAGGUUAAUGGACACAGAGCAAAGCCCUAUUUGGAGAUGGACUUUGAACCAAGAGAUGAGGACAUGGCACUCCAGUCUGUCCAAUAUGCAGCAUUAUCGAGAGCGCUUGAGUCACAGUCUGAGGAACUCAAGCGUAUCUCCCCAGAAUAG